CCUCCAGUGAGAAACUCUAUGGGCAACGCCUCCUUUUGAGGAGGCGCUGGCAUCGGGCGGGCCAAUCUUUCGUAUUGCCAUGCUUAUUCCCAUGGAGGAAUGAAACCAUGCGCUUCCGCUGCCCCACUGUGGAAAGUAUGCAGUUUCCCUGCUCGAAUGGGCUACCGCAACGCACCUGGAAAAAAAGCUUCUGCUGAUGUUUAUUCUGCCCAUGAAGAUCUAGCCUGACUCUGCAUGGUUGACAAGUAGCUGCAAGUGCUGAUUGCUGCUGGUUGGCUCACUCCAGAGUUUGUUAAAUGCCUGAAGUCUCCCAUCACCUUUUGCAAGGAGGGAUUGUGAAAAAAUGAGUCUGGCUGAUAUCAACACCACAUAGGCCUCACAAAUGGGAUGAGCCUAGCUGAAACUAUCACUGCCAAAAUGGCAUGCCACGCCCUUUCCAAGGUGAUCGGUCAGAAGGAGGUUGGCACGCAGUGCAGCUUCUUGCUUCUGGCUGACAAGUCUGUUGGGUGCUCCUUCAAAGCAGCCAGCAAGUCGACGAGCGUGCAGACUACAGAGACUGUGGAUCAGUCAAGCUCCACCUCAGCAUCGAGGCCUUCUAUUUCUCCAUCAACAGCCAGCGGUGACAAUUCACAGCAGGGAUGCCGCCACCAAGAUCAUCUCUGUGACUAUGAGGCUGAUAAACUGUUUCGUCCAGAAGCACAUGCCAGGGUCCAUACUGCCGAGUGUCUGUUUAAGUGCCAUUUGUGCCCUCAGAGCUUCUCAAGAAAAGGCAACCUGAAGAAGCACUUGUGCAUCCAUACGGGUGAGCGGCCAUUUCAGUGCCCUUCAUGCCCCCAGAGAUUCUUGCACAAGUACCACAUGAAAGACCACCAGCGCACCCACACAGCAUCGAGGCCUUCUAUUUCUCCAUCAACAGCCAGCGGUGACAAUUCACAGCAGGGAUGCCUCCACCAAGAUCAUCUCUGUGACUAUGAGCCUGAUAAACUGUUUCUUCCGGAAGCACAUGCCAGGGUCCAUGCUGGCGAGUGUCUGUUUAAAUGCCAUUUGUGCCCUCAGAGCUUCUCAAGAAGAGACACCUUGAAGAGGCACUUGUGCGUCCACACGGGUGAGCGGCCAUUUAAAUGUUCUUCAUGCCUAUGGAGAUUCUCACAAAAGUCCAAGCUCAAGGAACACCUGCGAACCCACACAAGCGAGAAGCCAUUUCAGUGCCCUUCAUGCCCUCGGAACUUCUCACGAAAGACCCACCUGAAGAACCACAUGCACACCCACAAACGUGAGAAGCCAUUACAGUGCCCUUCAUGCCCUCGGAGCUUCUCACAAAAAACCCACCUGAAAGAACACCUGCGUACCCACAAAGGUAAGAAGCGAUUACAGUGCCCGUCAUGCCCUCGGAGCUUCUCACAAGCGACCCACCUGAAAGACCACCUUCGCACCCACACAGGCGAGAAGCCGUUUCAGUGCCCUUCUUGUACUCAGCUCUUCUCACGAAAGGCCCACCUGAAAGCCCACCUGCGCACCCACACAGGUGAGAAGCCAUGGCAGUGCCCUUCAUGCCCUCAAAGCUUCUCGCAUAAGUCCACCAUGAAAAUCCACCUGCGCACCCACACAGGCGAGAAGCCAUUACAGUGCCCUUCAUGCCCUCGGAACUUCGCACAAACGACCCACCUGAAAGACCACCUGCGCACCCACACAGGCGAGAAGCCAUUUCAGUGCCCUUCUUGUCCUCGGGUCUUCUCACGAAAGACCCACCUGAAAUCCCACCUGCGCACCCACACAGGUGAGAAGCCAUGGCAGUGCCCUUCAUGCUCUCAAAGCUUCUCGCAUAAGUCAACCAUGGAAAACCACCUGCGCACCCACACAGGCGAAAAGCCAUUUCAAUGCCCUUCAUGCCUUCGGAGCUUCUCACGAAAGACCCACCUGAAUACCCACCUGCACACCCACACAGGCGAGAAGCCAUUUCAAUGCCCUUCUUGCCCUCGGGUCUUUUCGCGCAAGAUCACUAUGACGGAACACAUGCACACUCAUACAGGCGAGAAGCCAUAUCAAUGCCCUUCAUGCCUUCAGAGCUUCUCACGGAAGUCCCAACUGAACACCCACCUGCACACCCACACAGGUAAGAAGCCGUGGCAGUGCCCUUCAUGCCCUCGACUCUUCUUGUAUAAGUCCACCAUGAAAAUCCACCUGUGCACCCACACAGGCGAGAAGCCGUUACAAUGCCCUUUAUGCCCUCAAAGAUUCUCACAUAAGUCCAGCAUAGAAGAACACCUGCGCACCCACACAGGCGAGAAGCCAUUUCAAUGCCCUUCUUGCCCUCGUGUUUUUUCACGCAAGUCCAACAUGAAGAACCACAUGCACACUCAUACAGGCGAGAAGCCAUUUCAAUGCCCUUCAUGCCUUCGGAGCUUCUCACAAAAGACCCACCUGAAUACCCACCUGCGCACCCACACAAGCGAGAAGCCAUGACAGCCAUGACCAUGAGAGUGCCAUGAAGCAACACCUGAGCAUUCAUACAGGUGACCAACCAUACUGUUGCGCUGUCUGCUCCAAGUUGUUUGCGCGGGCUGAGUACUUGCGCAGACAUAAGAGAACACUGCACCAUGGUACUGUAGAGAAGCGUCAACAGCCAUGUUGAACUAUGUCAAUUUUCAAUUAAAAAUCUGUAGACAUGGAGCGUGCUGCUGCAGGGUGUUUUGCUGCAUCUGUCAGCACAAGUGGUCCUAAUGUGCUCUUAAAGGGGCCCUGGUACGUUUUUUCUGGGUCACCGUAUUUACUCUAGAUCAAUUCUCAGCGUGCCAUAAAAGAGAGCAAAAUAAAUGAUGAAAAUCGCCCCACACAAACCCUUCUUAUCGUUUAUAAAAAAUUCAAAAUACAAGUGAAGGGAGAGUUACCCUUCCAUUGAACAUUUCACUUUGCCAUGACUUCAUGUGGCCAAC